CAUAUGGUAUAGUCUCGUAAAAAAUGACUCAAUUUUUUUUUGUUUGAAAAAUAUAUCAAAGUGGAUAUCAUUUUGAAGAGCACAAUUAAUCUGAUCUAACUGUGCAAAAAAAAAUUAAAUUUCGACUUAAAACGAGUGAGAAAUCGUCUGUCAAAAAUUAAGGAGGGGAAAAUUAAAUGCUUUCCAAAAAAGAGAGGAUGUUGAUGUCAUGUUGAUGUGGACGGGUUACUCAUAGAGUCAUGGUUACUCACCAUAAGAUUACUGACCUAAUCCGUUCCCCACAUGGUUAAUUAUUGAUUGUACUUUAAUUUGAUUGAGAUUGAGAGACAUCGUGUUAUUAUGGGUAGAUGUUGGAGCGUUCUUUACACGUUUACCACAGAAAAUAGGGUUAAUUGCAUGGUUGGUCACUGAGAUUACAAAAAACGUUCAAGUUUGGUCACUCGAAAUAUUUAAAUCCAUUGGUGGUACUUCAAUCUACCAAAACCGUUCACGUUUGGUCACUCUUCGUCCAACUCCGUUAACUUUAGCUGAUGUGGCAGUCAACUCUCAAAGUUGACCGUUAACAUAGCGACGUGGCAACUAAAAAAUUAUUAAAAAUAAAAAAAAUAAACUUUUAUAUUUUCCCCCUCAUUUUUACUUUCAUUAAAAAAUAUAAAAAAUCUAAUUUUUUUUCUACAACUCAUCUCAGCCAUGUUAAUAGUCCAGCACAAGCUCAUCUCAUCACAACAAAACAGAAACGGUCUGGUGACUAGCAGGAAGUCUCCGUUCUUCAGGACUAAUAUUCUUUUUCACUUAAUAAUAAUGCCAGAGUGAGCGAAGAGUUGUGUUCUACUGCUAAACUUCCCCCAAUCUAUGUUAUUAUCCCUGCUCCACACACAUUUAUAUGAACUCCAAACCAUGACUCCCUACUCGAAUAGUCAAUUCAAUCUGUGAUCUAAUCUCUGCCCCGUUCGACUCGACUGAAAAAUGAGUUGCUUGAUGAGUUGCAGCUCGUCCGCCAGAAAAAACCACCACCACUACUCUUUCACCACCGACGAUUCCACCGCCACCCUCGUCGCCCCUACAAGGGAUGUCACCCGCCCGCUGCCUCGUCAAGAAGCCCAAUCCUACGGCGGAGAUCUACAACGGUACAACUACUCAUCGGAAAGGGAAAGGGGCCCGCCGUCAGCGGCAGGACGACAUCCCCAAGACCUUCUUCAUGAUGGGCCAACAAAGCAGCGAGGGGAACCGCCCAUUUACUCCCACCACGCUGACCCCUUCAUCGAGUCGACCGAGUCGCCGAUUCACUCGGGGAUCUAGCGGCGGAAGGAGUUGUUUACACCAUCCCUCUCGCCUCCGAAUUCGGCAGCUUCACCUGCCCUUCCCCAAUUGCGCCCGCCACUCCGCCGCUAAAAAGGGAUUAUGCGGCGGUUCCGGAAAUAAGGGAGGCGGAAAAGGAGAAAAAGGUGGGGUCAUUCUCUAGAGAGAGGCUGGAGGCUUUCAAGGAGAAGCGGAGGUCAGCGGUGGCGGUGUGGCAGAGGAGCGAAUUCUGGUUCGGGUGGGGAUGUUCCAGUUGGAUUUCGGAGGGGAGGUGUCGCCGGCAUGGACGCCGGUGGUCGGGAGAUUCGCGAUGAGGAGUCCGGCGAGAGGCGGGAGUCCGUUCAAUGGGUAGGGUAUGGGGUUUGUAGAAAAAAAAUAGAUUUUUAGAUUUUUUAUUUUUUAAUGAAUGUAAUAAUGAGGUGGAAAAUAUUAAACUUUUUUUUAAUAAUUUUUUAGUUGCCACGUCACUAAGUUAACGGUCAACUUUGAGAGUUGACUGCCACAUCAGCCAAAGUUAACGGAGUUGGACGGAGAGUGACCAAACGUGAACGGUUUUGGUAAACUGAAGUACCACCAAUGGAUUUAAAUAUUUCGAGUGACCAAAUUUGAUCGUUUUUUGUAAUCUCAGUGACCAACCAUGCAAUUAACCCCAGAAAAUAAGAACAAAUGAGUCCGUCAACCAUCAUGGUUGCAUUCUUAGCCAACAAAAAUUUACUCUGAAUUAGCAAAAAUUUGUUUAGUAUUAUACAUAUAUUAAAUUCUUUUCAAACUUUCAUUAUUGUAUUAUUGUAAACCCGUGAAGAAGGGGCCGCUAGAUGGAAAACUGCCUUGCGGAACCGUUGUUGCAUUAUAUGUAGUGGCAGAUGAACAUAUUCAAAUCACUACUCUAAAUUUAGUUUAGAAAUUAUAGCUCCAAAGAUUAUUCAUCUAAGAAAAUAAUGAAACCUAAAAGUCUAAAAUGAAAAAGACUAAAAGAAAUAUGAGGUUUGUUCCCUUGAAAAAUUUAAUAGAUCAUCUGGUGGAUAUAUGGAUGGACACACAAUGCAAAUUGAUUAGUCGAUUGAUUUGUCUAGUGUUGACGCUACUCGUUUCAACUGCUACUACAGAGGAACAUUUUCAAUAAUGAGACAUGUGAAAAUUGAUUUGUGAAAAAAAAGCAAUGAAUUUCUAGAGAUUUCCCAAGUAUUUUUAUUUGAAAUGUGGACUCCAUUAUUGAUGCAUUCGCUAAAUUAAAAUACCGUCAUGUACAAUUGACAUUGUAAAAAAAUCUAUAUUCAUUAUAUUUUUACGGUUCUAAUUUUCUAACGAAAUGAGACCCAGCGCUCUUCUAUGUUCUGGAUCCGCCGCUGAACAUAUUCGGUCUUUAGUAGUCCUAAGGUGCUGGAUGACAAAGUUUUGGGGCAUAGAUGGGCGGUCAGGGUAGGGGUGGACAACGGGAAACAGGUAUUUGGGUAUACUCGUAUCUGUCCUGUUUUUUUAGGGUUACGGGUACCCAAAUACCCGGGUUUUUUUCUACGGGAUGGGACUUGGGAUAAAAAAUUGCUACUUUGGGUACCCACGGGUUACCCGUUAAUACCCGUUUGGGUCUUAUGGGUUCCCGUUAUACCCAUUAGUUCAAAGUUGAGAUGGUGGUGAAUGCGCUUUGAGGAAAGAGGGGAUUGUCUUUCAAGUUACUUUGGCCAUUUACACUAACAGAGGUGAUGGAAAUGAAAAUGAAAAUGUAAUUGUAAA